AUGUCUGCAGAGAUGAAUAUCAACGACGAAUUUCACAAAGAUGGAAAAUUGGCAGAUGUGACAAUCGUUGUUGAGGACCAUAAAAUACUAGUCUGUAAGGCAGUGCUCAGUAUCGCUUCACCUGUGUUUUGUGCCAUGUUCGAAGGUGACUUCCAGGAAAAAACAGAGAAGGAAAUACAAUUACCCGGAAAGAGUUAUGAAAAUUUUGUUGAGUUUCUGAGAUGCAUUUAUCCUGAUAAGAUGAAGAUGAUAACCGGUAUGGCAUGCCUGGAAGAAAUGAAAGAAAAAUUCAUUUAUCUGGCCUCUGAGCAUACUCUCUACCGGCUCAAAGCUGCCAGAACGGCAUGCCAAAUAUCAGAUGCCAGUCAUUACAAGAUAAUAGAGCUAGCUCUGAGGAGACGAGAGUUGUAUAUAUUUGAUGACAGAGUCUUUAAG